AACGAUAAAAAAGAAUUAGUGAUUUUAAUCAAAACUGUGAAAUUAGAUGAAAAAAAACUUAUUUAAAAAGCGUGAGUAUGGCGUUUGAGUAUUUGGCUUACGAUUUAUCGCGUGGAGAGGAGGAAGUGAGCCCUCAAAUAGUUGAUCGAAGUUUGCUCCGGCAUGUGGACAAUCCUUUCGAUUUGGAUGCAGGGGAGUUCCAGAAGUUAUUCCGUUUAACUCCAGACUUGACUGAGGACGUAGUUUCGCAGCUUGACAGCCAUCUGAGAGGUUCCAGAGUAACAGCGAUUUCGACUGAAAAACAGGUUCUAGCUGCACUGCGAUUUUUUGCAACCGGGUGUUAUCAACGACCCGUAGGUGAGCAAUGGGGAAUAUCUAUGAGCCAGUCGUCCGUUAGCCGUAGCAUUCAUCGGGUAACAGCUGCAAUCAACAGCUCCAUGUUUUGCGCAAAGGUGAGAUUUCCCAUGACCCAAGUGGAGCGGCAAGCGGCAAAAGAAAAUUUUGCUUCAGCAACCUCCCCGUUUGUGGGAGGUACCAUUGGAGCUAUCGAUUGCACGCACGUGUCAAUUUUGGCCCCGAAACGUCAUGAAGAAGCGUAUGUCAACCACCACGGCUACCAUUCGCUUAAUGUCCAAAUGAUAUGUGAUCCUACACUUAAAAUUUUAAACGUAAAUGCCAAAUUUCCGGGAGCACGGCACGAUGCAUACAUUUGGAGUUCCUCUGCGGUGCGAAUGGUUAUGCAACGGAAUUUUGAAAUUGGAAACCAUAACUUAUUUUUGAUUGGUGAUUCCGGGUACCCUUUGGAGCCUUGGCUGAUGACUCCUCUAACAAACCAACCGGAAGGUACUCCGAAAUUCUUGUACAAUGAGGCAUUGUGCAAAGCUCGUAACCCAGUUGAGAGACUUUUUGGUGUUCUUAAGGCAACGUGGCGGUGCUUGUCUCAACAAAGGACACUCUUGUACGAUCCAGGAUUUACUGGACAAGUAGUUAACGCGUGCUCUGUUUUACAUAAUAUUCGUUUAGGAGAAGGAAUAUACCAGACCGAAAAUGAAUUCACAGAGCCCAGAACAAACGACAUUUUUGUAAACCAAGAUGCACCAUCCUCAACAGCAAAGCGCAUCCAAGACCGACUGAUUGCUAAUUUUUUUACUUAAAUACUACUUUCACUCAUAAUCAUUCCGCAUACAUAUCUAUGUGAACACUCGGGUAUAAAUAGUUAAAACAUUUUCAUAUUUAUUGUUAAAACCUUUUAUUGAACAAAAUUAUAUGCAGAUUCAAUAAAAACAAUUCAGUCUUUAACUUCAGUUUACAUACAGUUUUAGGUUACAGGCACAUAAAUCUAUUUAUGUAUAUAGGUAUGCAUAAGCGUAUGUACACAUGGUUUAUAAAUUCAAAGAUCAGUCUAUUUGUAAAAACGAAAACAAUACAUUUUAAUUCAU